AUGGUCGGGGGUGGGUGUCUUGGGUUACAACUAGUCACUCUUCCCUUGCUCCCAGUGAAAUGCUCCUAUGAGACCAAGCGUCUCGAACAGCCCUUGCUGAAGAGGCCCUAUCCAUUGUCUUACCGUGGUGAAGAUCCUUUUAAUGAUAUGGUCACUGCGGUGGAGCCAAACAUGGUUGGAGUACUACGCAGACUUCAUCUCCACCCUAUGGAUGCUGCUCUGAAUGAAUUUACCUCUCAGGGACCACUUGCACAGCUCAAGUUCGAUCCCCAUACUUUUUUAUUCCAACACCACAAACAAAAAGACGGCCGAUCUCAUACCGGGUCUAACUUGAAACGACCCAUCCCACAAUCUGUGCACACAGAUCCCCCAAAUAAAAAAAUUCCGAAUUGGCGUGUCCUGACCUUGGAUGACGUCAGAAGGAGUUUACUUUCAAGGAAAACUGUUAACUUGAAUGCAAUCACCACCUCGUCGGAAUCUGGUCGUAGUGGCCGUACGCGUCGGGCAAGCGUCACUGUCCAUGCCCUUGGCGUUGGCAAAACCAAAAAUCAUGGUGAAGGGUCAAAGACCGGAGUCUCCAGUGUCCGUAGCCCGUCGAUUUCCUCUGAUCCCGAGGAUAUCUCGGAUGCAGCCUAUCUGAUCCGACACUCAAAGCUAGAAACUGAAGAGAUCCGACGGGAACGUCGCUCACGCCAGCAUACGAUGGAGCAAGAACUUAAAAUGCGUUGGGAACUGCGCGAUCAAGCUAGUUGGCAAAAGCGGCAGCCACAAAGCCGUGUGGAUCCUCUUGCCAAAUACAAUCCCAAGGAUCGUAUGCCAACUCAUCUCUUACCUGCAUUUACUCAGAAAUCUUUGCUCACCGAACCAACUAAGAUUCAAGCACACAGUGUGGCCCGUCUGUCCUGUGCGCUACUCAUUUGGAUCUUCGAGCAACUUACGCAAAUUUUGGGUGUGAUACGAUAUUUGCCUGCUAGGCGUGCUCUGUGCAUUAUCCAGUCUAGGAAGUCUAUGCGUGAUAACACAUUCGAGUAA